AUGACCUACCCACUUCCAGCUGUAGCUUUCACCUCCUCCACCUCCAUUCCAUCUGGCUGCGUUCGGCCACAGCCCCAAUUCCUCUGCACUGGGGGAGAGAAAUUAUACCAGACUGGAAUAAUGGAAGGAUCUGUAGGAUACCAGUCCCAAAAGUGUCAGGGACAUGGAUACCCUGGCCAACAAGUAUGUUGGAACUAUUACCGCCAGCUAAGUACAAUGAGCCAGAGAGAGUUUGAACAGGCUAAGAAAGAGGCUGCAAAAGACAUAGCAAACCAGUUGGCCCAAGAAGCAGUCAUCUACAAAAGGGCUAACCUCAUGGCCUUUCAGGAGGCCCGGCAGAGGGUGAGCCCAGCAGUCCAAGUUCAGUACAUGGUCCACGCCAUGUAUGCAGCAUACCAGAAUGUUACUAACUCCACAAAAGAAUGCUGGGUAUGUUUGCCUAUAGAAGAAAAAGGGUUUCUAGGUGUUCCAGUGCCCCUGAGCUGGAACAGGGCUCAUAAGCCCAUAGACACAGGUCCUACUGUGAUCCAAGGACCUGUAGCUACCAUUGUCUUCCUAGAUGCUAAGGGAAUGAACUUAACCUGUUUGGUGGCAAACCGGACCGCAGAGUCAAGGAAUGACGUGGGACCGCUCAACCCCCAGCUCUGCUCUGGUCAAUGUAAUAUUCCCAACAACAGCAGCCUCUGUACUGAACCUGGAAUCUUCCUUCUCUGUGGGAAGGCAGCUUACAAGUACCUGCCCCAGAAUUGGACCAGGAUCUGCAUUGAAGUCUUCCUAGACCCUAGCAUCAGCAUCCGGACCCCUAACGAGAUGAGAAAACUACUGCAGCCUAAAGUAAAGGAAGCUUCCCAGUGUAAGGGAGGAGCAGGGGCUGCCAUAGCUAUAGGGGAAAGUCUUGCAGUGGGGGUUGGGGCAGGAGUCAGGGCAGUGAGAUUGUCUGCAUCCACUUACUACAAGCUGUCAGCUCAGCUGAGUGAAGAUAUGGACAACGUAGUCAACUCCCUGACCACCCUGCAGCAGCAGAUAAACUCCUUGGCUGAGGUGACCCUUCAAAAUCUGAGAGCUUUAGACCUCAUUACUGCAGAGAAAGGUGGAACAUGUAUGUUCCACGGAGAAGAAUGUUGCUAUUCUGUCAACCAAUCUGGUUUAGUAGCAAAAAAGGUAAAAGAAUUAAAGGAGAACAUUAGAAUUUGGGCCCAAGAGCUAGAAAAUUGGAAUUUUGGAUUCAAUCCACAGAUGUGGCUAAGGUGGAUAUUGCCUGUUCCGGGGCCCAUCCUCAUAAUUCUCCUAGGCAUAACUCUGGAACCCUGCAUUCUCCGAACCUUGGUCCAACACUUGGAAGCCACGGUGACUCGGAAGGUGGCCACCGAGGUGUUAGCCCUUCAGCGGUACCAAUACCAGUAUCAGCGGUUACAACCUUCCCCAUGA